CUAAAAGUAAUGUAUGGAUUAGACCAAUCAAAUAACAAUCAAGUGCAAUGGUAUCGCACUUAUAAAUUCAAGUGUGUUGCAAUAGCUUCAUAUUCGAGAGCUGGUUGUUCUAGGAAGGAGAAAGAGGGAAGGAAAGUACAGCCCACCAUGGAGUUCAUUCUAAAAAUGGUUGAUCUUGAAAUAAAGGCUGGUGGCUCUCUGGAAAUCGAAGGGGUAAUCAAACACUCAGCCGACAGAUUUUCAUUUAAUCUGGGAAAGGAUGACAACAAUUUGGCAUUGCAUUUUAAUCCUCGGUUUGAUGAAGGUGAUGGUGUGCUUGUCACAAACAACAGGGUAAAUGGCGUGUGGCAGACUGAGCAGAAGGAUUUCAACUUCCCAUUUAAGAAGGGUGAAGAGUUCAAGCUUGUCAUUAAGUUCCUUGGAGAAAAGUUUGAGAUCGUGUUACCUGAUUACUCAAAAGUGGCAUUUCCCAACCGUACCGAUAUGGAUGCGUUGACCUUAUUUCUGGUGCAAGGGCACAUUAACGUGAAACUCUUGAAACUGAAUUUUGACCCUUUCGGCGAGAGGAAACUUUGCUCGAAUCAGAAAGGACAUGAUCGAUACUACAACAAGUAUAUCAACGUGAAACGUGGCGGCAUUGGUGGGGUUGCUAUGUUGCUGGCUGGUUAUGUUAUCGUCAGUUACAUCUGGGAGUAUGAUCACCUGACUUCAUAUUCGAGAGCUGGUUUUUCUUGUAAGGAGAAAGAGGGAAGGAAAGUACAGCCCACCAUGGAGUUUAUUCUAAAAAUGGUUGAUCUUGAAAUAAAGGCUGGUGGCUCUCUGGAAAUCGAAGGGGUAAUCAAACACUCAGCCGACAGAUUUUCAUUUAAUCUGGGAAAGGAUGACAAUAAUUUGGCAUUGCAUUUUAAUCCACGGUUUGAUGAAGGUGAUGGUGUGCUUGUCACAAACAACAGGGUAAACGGCGUGUGGCAGACUGAGCAGAGGGAUUUCAACUUCCCAUUUAAGAAGGGUGAAAAGUUCCAGCUUGUCAUAAAAUUCCUUGGAGAAAAGUUUGAGAUCGUGUUACCUGAUUGCUCAAAAGUGAUAUUUCCCAACCGGAGCAAUAUGGAUAUGUUCACCUAUUUUCUGGUGCAAGGGCAAAUUAACGUGAAACUCCUGAAACUGAAUUUUUGAGUUCCGAUGGGGAAGCAGACUCCCCUGGGUCUUCAAACCAUUUCAGGAGGAGAACGGUUUUAUUUCCAGAUUCUGGUGUGGGGAGUGGAUGCAGGUACACCUGUGGCAUGUUAGAAAGGGUUUUUUUUUUGCUGAAUUUGCUACUAGCUGUUGCAACUCUUUGCUUGCCUUUGAGCUGGGCUUGAACUGUUUCCCUCUUUGCUGUCCUAUCGCCACAGCAGCUGUGAAUAGAAGAGGUCUGACUGAGCAUCCACAGGGGCAGUGCACCUCUCCAUUCAAUGGGAGGUCAUUGGUCCAGCUCCGAGCACAACUACUUCCUCUACACUGUUUGCCUUUGGAUUCUACACUACUUUGCCCUGGACUUCUGCUCUCACUGACUAGUUAACUACACUUUUCUAGGUGGUCUCAUCACAGGAGUUUGUUCACAACAUUUAAAUUCCUUAUACAUUUCUUUUUCUCCACACUCCCCACCCCAGGGAAUAGUCCCUGCCAAACACACGAUUGCUCCUUCCUCUGUUUCUGUUUGUACAUCUCACCUCUUGUUCCUGAUGUGAGGAUACAAUCUUCGUGUGUGAUGGGGUAGCGUAGAGGGAGUUUUGCUCUGUAUCUUACCUGUAGUGUUCACUGAUGAGAAUAGGGAUUUUCUAGACUUUUUCCACAGAACCCUCUUUAUAGGGAAUAUGGGAAUUCUCCUGCAGUGAACAUUUAACAACAUGAAAAACACGAUGAUGCUGGAGGAACUCAGCAGGCCAGGUAGCAUCCGUGGAGAAAAGCAGGCGGUCAACGUUUCUGGUCAAGACCUGAAGAAGUUCCUCCAGCAUCAUCGUGUUUUUCAUCAAGAUUUCAGCAUCUGCAGUCUUUUAUUUUUCUAACAUUUAACAACAGUUUUCCCUUUACUCACGAGGUGUUCUGCAGUAGGUUGAGACCAUUUUUGCCUCAUUUCUAGUCAUUCUGCAUCUAACCAAUGGACACAGUCUGCCUCUUCUCCCAGCUUGCACAUUUAUUCAAUGCUAUUGCACAGGCUUAUUCUGCUUUUCAAAUCACACAUGUUAAACGUACGUCGGGUUUGACAA